UCACCCUGCAGUGCCGCUGCCCUGGAGAGAUGGCGCUGCCUCCUCCUUAUCCCCCGGCAGCCUAUGAAUAAGCAGAACGGCAGAGCCAGGUCUCUACAACAGCAGCUAGCGGGGGCACAGCGGGCACAGGGACCUGGAGGGCAUGGUGGGGCCUGUGCAUGCUAUGAUGCUGCAGAUCUGUGGGUGAGGCACUGAUACCCACAUAACAGCCUCCCACCUCAUCCCUGCUCCCCCACCCUCCUCUCCAUCUCUCUCUUCUCUCUCCCCCUCCCACUCUCUCCAUCCUCUCCCCUCCCCAUCCAUCUGUCCACCCAGUCUCACUCCCAGGACAAGGGGCUAUGGCUGCUGAGGAGGUACUGCAGACUGUGGAGGAUUACAAGGCUGAGAUUGAGAGGCUGACCAAGGAGCUGUGUGAGACCACCCAGGAGAAGAUCCAGGCUGCAGAGUAUGGGCUGGUGGUGCUGGAAGAGAAGCUCUCCUUGAAGCAGCAGUAUGAUGACCUGGAGGCUGAGUAUGACACCCUCAAGCAGGAGCUGGAGCAACUCAAGGAGGCCUUCGGACAGUCCUUCACCGUUCACCGCAAGGUUGCAGAAGAUGGUGAGACUCGGGAGGAGACCUUACUGCAGGAGUCAGCAUCCAAGGAGGAGUAUUACCUGGGGAGAAUCCUGGAGAUGCAGAACGACGUGAGGCAGAGCAGAGCCAUCAUCACCAAUGUCCAAGGGGAAAAUGAGCGUCUCACUGCCCUUGUCCAAGACUUAAAAGAGACCAAUGAAAUCUUGGAGCUGCAGAGAAUGCGAAUGAAAGACGAGAUCCGGGAGUACAAGUUUCGGGAGGCCAGGCUGCUCCAGGACUACACUGAGCUGGAAGAGGAGAACAUUACAUUACAGAAAUUAGUGUCCACAUUAAAGCAGAACCAGGUUGAAUACGAAGGUUUGAAGCAUGAAAUCAAGCGAUUCGAAGAGGAGACGGUGUUGCUGAACAGUCAGCUGGAAGACGCCAUCCGAUUAAAGGAAAUCUCGGAACACCAGCUAGAGGAGGCCCUGGAUACUUUGAAGAGUGAGAGGGAACAGAAGAAUAACCUGAGGAAAGAGUUAGCUCAGUAUAUCAACAUCAACGAUAGUAUGUAUAACAGCCACAUUAAUAUCGCAGUGGAUGGGCUGAAGUUUACCGAGGACGGUGAGUCCAACCACGAGGAUAAGAUGAAUGGCCACAUCCAUCCCCCUCUUGUCAAACUGAACGGUGACUAUCGGACUCCGGCUGUGAGAAAGGGGGAGUCGCUCAACCCCGUCUCCGACCUUUUCAGCGAGCUGAACAUUUCGGAGAUGCAAAAACUCAAACAGCAGCUUAUUCAGGUGGAACGGGAAAAAGCUAUCUUGCUGACCAACCUUCAAGAGUCUCAGACCCAACUAGAGCAUACAAAGGGGGCCUUAACCGAGCAACACGAACGGGUCCAUAGACUUACAGAGCAUGUGAACGCAAUGAGGAGGCUUCAAAGCAGCAGGGAGCUGGAGUUUGAUAAACUUAAGGUCUCUGGGGAUGAGAAUCAUGAUUAUGAGGUUGAUAUCAACGGGCUGGAGAUCUUGGAAUGCAAAUACAAAGUAGCCGUUACCGAAGUAAUAGAACUAAAAGCUGAGAUCAAAGCCUUAAAAGAAAAAUACAAUAAACACAUAGAGAGCUACACAGAGGAGAAGUUGAAGCUGGACUCAAGGAUCCAGACAUACGACCAACAAGUAACCGGUCUAGAGAGGGCCAGUAAGGAGAGCUGCGAAAAGCUGACGCUCAUGGAUAAACAGCUGCAGAUGAUGACUGCUAUGGCGAAUGAAACUCAUAAUACCCUUAAUACCGCUCAGGAUGAGCUAGUGACUUUUAGCGAAGAGUUGGCUCAACUUUACCAUCACGUGUGUCUAUGUAACAAUGAAACACCAAAUAGAGUUAUGUUGGACUACUAUAGGCAAAGUAAAGUUACUCGUAGUGGAAUUUUGAAAGGUCCCGAUGACCCCAGAGGACUUCUAUCGCCUAGACUGGCAAGGAGGGGUAUAGCUUCCCCCGUCGAGGCAAGAAGUCCCUGUGAGCCGGUACCAAAAGAUAGAAUAGAGUCCAGUAAAGAGCCAACACCUCAAAAGUCCGCUACUGUGUCCCCCGUCAUCACUGCCCCCCCAUCCUCCCCUGUAUCCGACACUAGCGAUAUUCGCAAAGAGCCAAUGAACAUUUACAACCUCAAUGCCAUAAUCAGGGAUCAAAUCAAGCACUUGCAGAAGGCCGUGGACAGGUCACUGCAGCUGUCACGUCAGCGGGCAGCAGCUAGGGAACUGGUGCCCAUGAUCGACAAAGACAAGGAAGCCUUAAUGGAGGAAAUUCUCAAGCUGAAGUCUCUGCUGAGCACCAAACGGGAGCAAAUAGCAACUCUUAGAGCUGUAUUAAAGGCAAACAAACAGACUGCAGAAGUCGCGCUCGCAAACCUAAAAAAUAAGUAUGAAAAUGAGAAGACCAUGGUGACCGAAACAAUGACGAAACUGCGGAAUGAGCUGAAGGCGCUGAAAGAGGAUGCUGCCACCUUCUCGUCACUGAGAGCCAUGUUUGCCACCAGGUGUGACGAGUACGUGACCCAGCUGGACGAUAUGCAGAGGCAGCUGGCAGCCGCAGAGGAUGAGAAGAAGACCUUGAACUCUCUGUUGCGGAUGGCGAUCCAGCAGAAACUGGCGCUUACGCAGCGGCUAGAGGACUUGGAGUUUGACCAUGAGCAGUCCUGGAGCACCAAAGGCAAGAUUGGGAAAACCAAAAUCGGCAGCCCCAAACAGUUCCCAGCUCCAGCAAGAAACCCGCUUCACACGUAUAGCACCAAGUUACCAUUCCAAGCAACGCAGGACAGGCCACUACUCAGGUUCCCAGCAGCAACAUCAUCAUCCGCCAACUCCAGCCCAGAGAAGCCAUCUUCACACCUCUACCACCAGCUGUCAGCUUCGAGGAGCACAGGACAGCUUAAUACACAGUGCUACUCCCCGCUGCAGGCUUCCAGACAAAGUUUUACAUACAGUCCGGAAUCUUCUAGCUCCCGACUGCAGAAAAACAUCUUCAGUUUUGCAGCUUCAUCAUCAUCACCACCACCCAGUACCAGAGAGGCUCACUCUUUAACUUCCACAGCUCUAUGUUCCAGACAAAAAGAUAUAUAGCUCCCUCUAGUGACAAAUGCCCAGAACAGCAAUAGUCCUAAUUUAGCAGUCCAAGAAGAUAAAACACAUUCCAGUCAACAGUGUGCUCCCCUCAACUGUCUCUCCAAAACGCCCCCAGACCCUUAGACUUCGACGAAUGCUAAAAUAGGACUAAGAGGACUUCACCGGUGGCAAUCACUAUACUGGAGGUCUUCUGGCCAGAGAAAGUUCAGACAUUUGCCUUCUUAGUGUACAGAGUCCAGAUUUAUACCACGAUAAGAGAAGCACAGAACCCGAGAAGCUUGAAAUCUGCCUAUGCGAGGGCAAUAAUAUAGUGACUUCUAUCAUAGUCAGUGCUGGCUGCAUGGAAUGAAUCCAGGAUGGUGACCUUUUUCUCUAACAAGAGUUACAGUGUUCCAGGAUACUUAAGCCAAUAUAUGAACCCGCAUUGGAAGUAUUUACUUAACGUAGUGUCGGCCAUUAGAUUUUAUUGUGUUUUUAUUAUUUGUAUUGCCAUUAUGAGCUUGUUAUUUAUUUAUUUUCUUUCGUAUAUAAUGUUGCACCUUUUGGGAUGUUCUAAACACUUUACAAAAGAACUCUUCCUCAGGCUUCUUUAUAGCUAGGCUGUAAUCAGGGUACAUAAGAUCUCCAUGGAAUAUGGAACACAGUAGCCAUACCAAGGGAGCGGACACACUGGCUGAGGCUUAUCGAUUUUGGGCAGAUUUUCAACAAAAUCUGUUAGGUAAGCAAACAUUGGUCAACGUCAGUAUGACGGAUCUUAAUCCCACACAUACAUCGGUAAAUAUGAACCCACAGGAUUCAGAGGUUGUUAGAAACGGUUAAAAAAAAAAACAUUAUUAAAAGGAAAUCCAUGCAUUGAGUUUUUAAUAAACUGUGCUCUGAAAUGGCUACUAGAGCAGAGCAAUUGGUGUCAUACCCAAGGGCAAGAGAAGCUGACAUUGCUGCUUAGGUGAUAUUAUAAAGCUUGUUACGCUUUGACAAAAACCUGCAGGAGAAAAUCUGUUAAGGAUUACAGGAGGGCAUAUACACCGGUAAACCAAUGAUGUCUGAAGGUGGGCCUCAUCAGUGAGGUGUUCCAUUCUUGGCUACAUCCAGCUUUAGUUGCCUAAUCUCAGGUCAUAUUGACCAACCAUCAAUUCAUAUUUCUAAGUCCAUUUUUUGGUGUUUGAUUAUAUUUGCUUUUAUAGCAUAGCUCUUCCUGCGGGCGGCGGUCGUUCUCUGCACAGUUUGCGUCGGCCUCGCUAUUGGAGAGUUAGAAAUCAGUUUAGAUUUAUUUUGAAAUCAUUAAUUAUUUUACUGGCCAGUGUGUGGUCAUUAACAACCUGCACAUAUAGCUGUGAUUGAGGUGAAAUUGAAUGUCAUUAUUACCGUGUUCCGUUCAUGCACUGAUAAGUUUAUGUACUUAAUCCUACUUAUUAUUUAUUUACUUUUUUAAUACUAAAAAGGUUCUUGCUAUUUGUUAACAUUUUGUGUGACUACUGAUGAUUAAACACAUAAUGUAUGAAAUUGAUUCACUGACCUUAGAUUAUAUAUAUAUAUAUAUAUAUAUAUAUAUAUAUAUGUAUCUUGUUGGCAACGCAAUGACUAUAGAUAGUCUUGAUGUCUGUUCCAGGUGAUCCCUCACUGGCUUAGGCAUCAACAGUGUUACUUAUUAUAACAGGGACAGAUUAAUAAUUAUUGCAAGGCUGUUUGAUUGAUCUCCAUAGCUGUAUUUUAAAGGGGACUUCCAUAUGGUUUAAAUGUGUGCAAUUUUGCUAAAUACAUUCACUUUUCCAUCUGACUCCCUCCAGUGCUUUUCAGCAAUUUAUUUAUAUGAUCAAAGUCUACUAAUUUUGUUGCCUUUCAUGUCACUCUACUGUUUUGUGCUGCCUGCAAUACAAAAACAUCCAGGUACUAAGCAGUAUUGUGUAUUGACCCAUAGGCAACACAAAGAAAUGACCUUGUUGCACAGAAGGAAUCCAGAAAGAUAUUUUUCGUAAAUGGUGCAAGAGGGUGCAUAUAAAGCAACACUUUAAAGUUACCCGAAGGUGGAAAUCCCUUUUAACGACCUUGAAAUUUUUACUUAAGCAAAGCACUUGUGGUUCUAACAGGUUAAUUUGUUUGAAAAUAAGUAGCAUGUAAUGAUGUGUGUGUGUGUGUGUGUGUGUGUGUGUGUGUGUGUGUGUGUGUGUGUGUGUGUGUGUGUGUAAAAUUUAAUAUUUGGAUUUUUCCUGAUCCUUUCUCUAAAUGCAUAUGAGGGAACAAAAUAUUUAAUAUUUGGAACAAAAUCUUCAUAGGAAAA